AUGAAACUAGGAGUUGAUACCAAACUCAUGGCCUUUGCUCUUCUCCAAUCUCUCCCAUGCACUCCUGAAUGGCAAAUAUUUCAGUCAUCGGUAAUCAACACGAUUGAAGAAAAUAAACUUACCUUUGAUGCAGUUGAGAUCCAGAUCACUGCAGAAGUUGCACAACAGUCAGGGAAGGCCCCUGGAGGUUCCAAAACAGCACUCAAACCCGAGGAGAAGUGGUGUGACUUCCACAAAGCCAAAACACACAACACCUCGGAGUGUCAAACACUUCAGUCAGCCGGAAAAGGUCAAAGGAAGAAGGGAAAGGAAAGACACAAGGAUAAAGGAAAAGAGAAGGAAAAGGCAAAUACGGCAGAGCAAUCAUCUGGAUCUGACUCCGAGGAGUAA